AUGGUUUGGGGUCAAAUAAAUACAUCACAAAUUAGCAGAAUUAUCAAUCAAUUAAAAGAAAAUUCAAUCCAAUCAUUAUUCCUUAUUCCGGCAUUUAUGCCAAUUAACGAAACCAAUGUAAUUGAAUUUAAAAAUGGUUUAGGUGAAAACAAAUCUUUAGUUGAAUUAUACAUGCACGGCCAUGAUUUAGGGUUGGAGGGAUUAAAAGAAAUUGGUAAAUGUAUUGAAAAGCAUCCAAAUUUAAAAUCAAUAUCAAUUGGUAGCACAGACAUUGGAUUAAAAUGCAACGAAUUAGAGAUAUUAUUAAAAGGAGUAUUAAGAUCCAAAACCUUAAAAUCUAUAGAUUUCUCAAAACAAUCAAUCAAUUCUGAAAGUUUAAGAAUUAUUAAAGAGAUUGUAAUUGAAACUGGAAAUAAGAGCAUUACACAUUUUAAUUUUAGUGAAAACAAUUUAGACUCUGAAUCACUAAUUCACUUGGAGGGUAUCAUUCAAGCAAAUGAAAAUAUAGAAAUUUUAAAUUUAGGCGGAAAUGAAAUUGAUGGUGAUGUCCCAGAGGGCUUUAUCAAUACAAUUAUAUCGAGUGGUAAACACUUAAAAAAAUUAGUUCUUAGUGGUAACCCAAUUAAAGACGAAAGCUCGUUAUUGUUAUCUAAACUCUUAUUAGAAUCAAAUAGUUUAAAGGAACUUGAAUUAAACGAUUGUGAAAUUGGUUCACUUGGUGGUGAAAUUUUAGGCAAUUCACUUUUAAAGUGGAAGGGUACUUUAUUCACUGCAACUGGUAAUCCUUUAAUGGGCCAUCAUCUCACCUCGAAAUGGACAAACAUUCAACAAUUAGGACAAGUAUCAACUCUUAAGCACUUAUCUUUAAGAGGCUGCUUCAUUGGCGAAGAGGGUUUAAAAGGUAUCAUCUCUGCCAUUAGAAAGGGUUUCCUUCCAAACCUUAAUCUUUUAGAUGUUGCUUACAACAAAUUAUCAUUAGAGUCAUUAGAGUCAUUAAAAGAAUUAGUGGUCAUCGAUCAACACCAUUCCAAACAUAGUUUAGAAUAUUUAGAUAUCAGUUUCAAUUUGUUUGGAAGAAAAGCUAAAGAAAUUGUAAUUGAUUGGAUCUCAAGCAACAAAAUUACAAACUUAAAAUGCCUUUCACUCAACAAUGUAGAUAUGAGAUUUAUGGACAUGUUUGAAAUUUGCAAAUCCUUAGUAGACCACAACACAUCCUUCAAACUUUUCGAAUUAAUGGGCAACGAUCAAAGAGAUGAAGAGCAAAUCAAAAAAGAAGCUGAACAAUUAAAGUUACAACAAGAAAAAGAACAACAAAGAAUUGAAAGUGGUAAAGAGGAAGACGAGGAUGAAGAUGAAGAUGAAGAAGAAAGUGUAUAUGAUAUUUUAUUUGAUAAUAUUAACGAAUUAAAAUCAAAAAAAUUAGAAUUUAAAUGGAAAUAA